UGCCCAUGCCGUUAUUUUAGUAGUUUAAUUUUUAAUAUAUUUAAUAUAUUUAAUUGAUUUGAUAUUCGAGUAAGAUUACGAAUCCGAUUUCUCUUAUUAAUACGUAAAGUUUUUGCUGUUUGUUAUUAUUCUGUUUAAAUUUUAUUAAUAAAUUAGUAUUUACAUAUGAGCUUACUAGUGUGAAACUUUGCACUAAUGAUAGAUAUUUAGUAUUAUUGACUGAGAAAAUUUUAACAAAUCGGUUUAAAUAAAUACUGCUUAAUAUUGCAUUUUGAAAUGUCAAAGAGAAAUAAUAUUGCAUAUAUCAAGCCACGAGAACCAUCUUUUCUGACAAAAUUAAAACAAGAAGCCAACUAUAAAGAAGGGCCGACAGUUGAUUCCAAAAGAAGCAAUCUACCAACUUACGAAGAAGAUGAAUCAUAUGAUGAUGACAAUCCUACUGUGGUGGUCUUAAAUGAAGGUGAUCUAACUUCUGAUGAAGCAUUAAAAGAGAAAUUAGCAAAAGAACAAGAUAACAACUCACCAGCAGAUUUAUCUAAGCGCAUAAUCUUUAAGCGUCCAGCUAAAAGCACUCCACAAUCAGAAGAAAAACAUAGAGUAAAUAAAAAAAAGAAGCGAACUGAAAAACUAGUCUUAUCAUUUGAUGAUGAAGAAGAAUAUUCUUAAAUAGGUUAAUAUUUAUUAAUUUAUAUUUUAAAAAUAGUUUUCAUUGACUUAUUGA